AUGGAGAAAAAUGGUCGCUCUCCAGUUGCACCAACUCAGCACGUCAAUGGCCACGGUACAGCCAUAGUCGUCAAUGGUCAUGAAGCUCCAGUGGUCGCCAAUGGGCACGGCGGCAGUCAGGCAUUCCACGAUGGUGAUGCUUCAAGCGGAUAUGGCACCUUACGGAAUGACGCGUCCUUGCCACAGCCGUAG